AAUUUUUCAAGAACUUUUCAAGAACUUUUCAAGAACUUUUCCAGAAGAUUUCAAGAAGAUUUCCAGAAUUUUUCAGUAUUUAACUGUGCUGGAUGAACUAUGAUACAGGAUAGUAUGAAUAGUGAGGGGGUGACUAUCUUAUAUGGGUCCGAAACAGGCAAUGCUGAAGAUUAUGCUCGAUUUCUUGGUUUACGUCUUCAAUACUAUCUGAUAUCUCCAACUGUAUGUUCAUUAGAUGAUUAUCCAUUAAAAAAAUUAGCAACUCAUACCAAAUAUUUAAUUAUAAUUUGUUCAACUACUGGUCAAGGUGAAUUACCAAGAAAUGCAAAAAAAUUUAUGAAAUUCAUUCUUAAGAAAAAAUUACCUUCAGAUUUAUUAAAUCAUAUUUAUUUAACUUCUUUUGGUUUAGGUGAUUCUUCAUAUUCGAAAUUUAAUUAUGGUUCUAGAAAAAUUCAUACGAGAUUGUUACAAUUAGGGUGUUCAGAAUUAUCUCCUAGAUGUGAGGCAGAUGAAAUGUCUCCUGAAGGUAUUGAUGGUUAUUAUCAAGAGUGGGAAUUACAGUUAAUAAAAUCUUUACGAAUACAUUUUCCCUCAUUACUUGAAAUUGAUUCAGAAGUUCAAUUACCUGCUCAGAAUGCUGUAAAACUUAAUACUACUAAAUCGGAAUUGAAGUUAUCUGAUAAAGAAGUCCAAGAUUUAUCAUUAACUCGUCUUGAAUCUGAUAAUAACUUGGUUCUUGGUAAAAUUCGAGAUAAUAUCCGAAUAACUGAUGAAAGUCAUUUUCAAGAUGUCAGACAUAUAAUUAUUGAAUCUCAAGAUUUGAAUUAUCUUCCAGGAGAUACGAUAGCGUUGUAUCCAAGCAAUGAUCCUCAAAGUGUUGAUUUGUUGUUGAAACUGCAACCUCAUUGGCUGCAAGUUGCAGACUUACCAUUAAAUAUUGAUGGGAUUCUCCCCAAUCUAAAUGGAGGUUAUAUAAGUUCAGAAAAGUUGACCCUUCGAAAUCUUUUUAUUCAUCAUCUUGAUAUUGCUUCAGUUCCCAGAAGAUCAUUCUUUUUCAAAAUAUGGAGAUUCUGUAAUGGACAAACAGAAGAUGGUGAUAGAGAAAGAAGUAAAUUGAAAGACUUCAGUACUAUGGAAGAAAGUGAAGAAUUAUAUAAUUAUGCUAAUAGACCAAGAAGACUGAUAUUGGAAACGAUUUUAGAAUUUCAAGAGAAUUUAAAAAUUCCAAUAGAAUAUAUAUUUGAUGUAUUCCCAUUAAUUCAACCAAGAUAUUUCCUGAUAGCAUCAAGACCAAGUCCUAAUUCUGUUGAGAUAGCUGUAGCUAUUGUUGAAUAUAAAACAAUUCUUCGUCGUAUAAGACGGGGAUUAUGUACAAGAUGGUUGAAACUUCUUCAAAAAGAUGAUUCGAUUAUUCUUUCUAUUCAAAAGACUAAUUUAAGUUUUACACUUCGUGGUAAAGAUACUCCACCUGUUAUCAUGAUAGGUCCAGGAACUGGUAUUGCACCAAUGAAAGCUUUAAUUGAGCAUUCAAUUAUAAGUGAAACUACAAGAGGGUUAUAUCUUUUUACAGGAUUCAGAUUUGAAAGUAAAGAUUUUUUAUUUUCUGAAUUAUGGUUAAGAUUAGAAGAAGAGAAUAAAAUUCAUUUAUUUCCAAGUUUUUCAAGAGAUCCAGAAUCUCAAUCAAAAUAUGUUCAAGAUAGAUUAUUCAAAGAAUUUGAAUUAAUUGGAGAUUUAAUAUAUAAUCAAAAUGCUAUAGUUUUUGUAUGUGGAUCCAGUGGUAAGAUGCCUAAACAAGUAAAAAUCACAUUUACUGAAAUAUUAAAAAAGUACAAAGCACUUAAUGACAAUGAAGCUCAACAAUAUGUAUUAGAUAUGGAAGAUCAAGGUAGAUAUAAAGAGGAAGUAUGGUAAGUAAAAGUAUAGAAUCUGUUUAAAAAACAAAUUAAUUUAUAUAAUUAAAAUGUAUUAUUAAGUAG